AUGGCUUCCCAACUGGACCGGCCCCCCUUGCCGGCGGUCGCCCUUCCUCUCCCCGCCUCGCCUCCGGGCGCGGCUGGAGGGGCUCGCGGGGCGGGACCAGAACCAAGAGUGGGACCUUUCCGGCCGCUGCAGACGGUCCCGCAGCUCCUCGCCAUGCUGCCGGCGCGCCUCCGCCCAGGGCGGCUCCUGUCCGCCGCGCCGUUCCGCCUGCCCGCGCCGCGGGGAGCCGCCGCCGGCGGGGAGCCUGCCCGGCGCCCGGGCACCACGCGCGCCGAGCAGGCUCACAGGGUGGUUGCAAGUUACAAACCCUCGAAGUUUGACAAAAAAAUCCUCAUCUGGACUGGACGUUUCAAGACAGAAGAAGAGAUUCCUCAGAGGAUCCCGCCAGAGAUGCUAGACAGGGCAAGAAACAAAGCUCGAGUUAAAGCUUGUUACAUCAUGAUUGGACUCUCCAUCAUUGCCUGUUUUGCAGUGAUUGCCUCAGCUAAGAAGGCUGCUGCACGUCACGAGUCCUUAACAAGCUGGAACUUGGCAAAGAAGGCCAAGUGGCGGAAGGAGGCUGCGCUAGCAGCGGAGGCAAAGACCAAGUAACUUAAUACACAAUGCCAAAUGUCCUUGUGGGAGCAAAAUUAGUGGUUGCUGAGAGCGAUUAGUGAAUGUCCCCAAUAACCAGACAACUGUAGUAUUGUACACACAGGAGCCAAUACAGGUAGUUACAGGAUCACAAAAAGAAAUGGAGGGUCUCUUUUAUUAGAGAUGCUCAAUGUCCUUGUUGCAUAUAAUUAAGAUUAAAAGUGUUUUGCAUAUGAUUAAAUGCAGUAAUUAAUUUCAAAGGUGAUGAGGUAGUUUCUUAAGAAUGACAGGUAUGUUUGGUUAAAUAUUUACAGAACUUAUUUAACCCCCCCAAAAUUUGUCUGGUGACAAUGUGAAGUUUUACAGUGCAUUUUACAGUGCACAAAUCAGCCAGUUUGAA